AUGACAGGACAUAUCACCAAUGGCUCUGGAUUAGCAGGCCUGCCAAGUGAGAUCCUCAGCAAGAUCAUACGCUGUUUACUUGAUGAUAUAACCACAAACAAGAGAUCGGGCCAGCCACACGAUUACUACACGCAGGAUUACCAAACCGCAACCGCCCAGUCGACAAAAGCUCUGGUCACUCUUUGUCUCGUCUCACGCAGGCUUAGGGACGCUGCCACCCUCUCACUAUAUCGCCAUGUCACCCUCGUCCCUCGCAAGAUCCCGGGCUCAGUGGCAGCUUCCCGUGUGGCACUCGACGACGGCGUUAUGCCCCUGACGCUCUUCCUGAGAACUCUGGUUCAACGGCCCGACUUGCGGCCUUUGGUUCAAACUCUUGAUUGUCAGUUCUUCUUAAGACAUGCUGAAUCCACGCCUGCUAGUCUGGAAAGCUCGAAAUCCGCCCUGCGCUACCAGGAGGAUUUCCAGUUUCACAAACAGAUCAUCGAGAGCACCACGCGGCCUCCCCUGUCCCAGGAAGACUUGAUCCUAAACCAUGUCGCGGCGACCAAUCCUGGCCGUGUCAACGAUACUUGCGAGCGUGCCUUGGCUGCCAUUUUGUGCUUGGUUUCCGAACUACGGAGUCUUUCAUUACCUCCAUUGCCCCACUCAAAGUGGCUCAUUGUUACCGACGACGAAUGGGAGCUAUAUGCUCCUCAAAAUGAAUAUCACUACAAUACAUUGUCCUCACUAGUAGAGACCGCCCGCCAGAGCGAAUUCUCUGCUUGCGCGCUACAGCACCUAGAGGCAGUUCGGUUUACCGGCUGGCGUGGCUUCGACGGCUUCAACAGCGAUAAGGAAGUCGUGUACAAUCCUCCAGCUGACCCUACUCUCCCUGAUUGUCCUGAUCAUACGUUCCCGCUGUCAAGUUGUCUCAAUCUCUUGCUAGGGCCCAAUAUUACUGACUUCAAGGCUGAUGCUGUGGAUGAGGUUGAUCCCGACCAAUUUCGUAAGAACCUACCAAUGCAUAGCAGCAUCAAGCGAGCUUCCCUUACUAUUUCCUAUCAUUUGAUGGUGUUGAAUUUUAUCGGCCGUACGUGGGAUCUAUCUGCCCUGACCGUACGACCCGCUCGGGCGGUAUUCAUGAGACGCGACGAGGGAAUGCGGCCUCACAUUCCAAAUCUUGAUGCAUGGGACAACAGUUUGCUUAGCCUGAAAGGUUCUCUCAAGGAGCUAGACAUUGGUUGGAUGGACGGCUACGAGUUUCCAUCACAUCGGCGGCUCAAUUCUCUUCCGCUUCUUGGAGCGCUAGAGCAUUUGUGUAUCGGGAUUCCCUUAUUGGCGGGGAUGGCAAAGUUCUCCGAGUCGCCGCUACAUUCCGUGCUUCCUCCCAAUCUUAGAACACUCAGGCUACACGAUUGGGUCACUGGGAACUACUACGACAAAUACCUCCCCGGCUUCGACCUUUUUGAGUUGGCUGAGGAUGAAGUUGAAGAUGGGCUCAAGCCCCUGGUUACGUUCCAGAUCGACUUCUCCGCCUCACUCCGGUCUUUCGCCCAGGUCUGUGGAACCACUCAUCCCCAUCUGCGGUCUAUCAUGGUCUUCGGCUUCCGCCCGAUAGAUAAGGCCGCCUCUGAAUCGGCGGAGAGUAAAGCUGAGUUUUACCUCGCGGCCCGCCAGUUGGAGCUUGUCGGAACUGAGCCGGGGCAAGUCGUUCGAGGCGGGGGGGGAAUCCAAGUUCUGUUUGCGCAAACGGGGGUUGUAUUUGAAGAGCUGUUUCAUGAACAGGAGAUUGACUUGCCUUUUCAGGCUCAAGUCAGUCGUUAUCAAUGA